AUUAUGGACCUAGGUAUGAACUAAUAUCAAUGGGUGACUCAUCAAAUGGGUAUAGUGCCAUGGUUACCUCAAUGGAAUUGGGUAAGCCAUUUUUAAUCAAAAUUGAUAGGCCUAUCCGCACUAUAAAUAGGCUUAUAGCUUCCCUAUUAUACCAUGUUGAUGGGCAGAGUAAUUUGAGAAAAAUAGGUGGAGAGGUUAAGAGUGCACAAUAUAAGUGCUCGAGUUAUGAAAGGGACCGAGAGGACCUCUAUGCACAUGGUAAUUACUGUGGUGAUAGUGUACUUAAGGAUCAAUCAAGAAUUCAUUGUGUCAUACCCAUUGUAAUCGAAAAUGAUAACCCAAAAGAGUAUUCCUUAGAUUAUAGGCCCCCUAUUAUGAACCUCAGCCUUAAUGAUGUCAAUAAGGAGACGGGGCUUUUGAGGGGACUAUAUUACCCUAUCAUCUUGAUUGAAGGGGAGACUAUGCUUAUUGAAAAGGCUAAUGUCCUACGAAA